AUGAUAUUGAUUGCUUUCCUGCUAAUAUUUCAAGUUUUAUUUGCUUCCAAAGUUAUUCAUGGUCAAUGUACUAGCAAUGGUACAUGUGUUUGUCACUGUGGCAACUGUACUUCUGGAUGUGACGCCUGUUUACCUGGAUGGAGCGGAUCCACAAUCAAUCAUUGCCAAAAAUAUAACACUAUUUACGGCAAAGCCUCUACGAAUACAGCACUUCUGGAUGGCGAUUUUGAUACUUAUGUUGAGGAUAACAAUAUUCCUCCAUAUAUACGCGUUGAAUUCCAAACUUUUUUUAAACUUAGUCAAGUUGACGUUACCCUUGAACUUGCAGAAAGGAUAAUCUACACGGUGUAUGUUAAAAAUGACUCAUAUAGAAGAGCUGACUCGAUGAUAUGCCUCAACUUCACAAGUGGGGAUGUCAGCAUGAAGAAAACUGUCACUGUCACGUGUAAUACACCACUUCAAGGAAAUUUCUUUGAAAUUGUUGCAUCAAGUUUUCCAGGUUUACCAAGAACAACUCUAAAAGUUUUCGAAAUUGAGCGCUUUGAAUGUUCAAAUGGCACGUACGGCGAAAAUUGUUCGGAGAUUUGCUCAGCAGGAUGUAACAAAGAGUGUGAUAAAGAAACGGGUGACUGCGUUUGUAGAAGCGGUUACUGGGGAAGCUUUUGUAAUAGAACAUGUCCAUUGCAUUGUAAUAAAAACCUGUGUGACUCUAAUACAGGCGAUUGUUACAGCUGUGAUUACGGAUAUUAUGGAGUGAAAUGCGAAGGCCGUUGUGCUGAGGGGUGUCUGGAGUCUUGUAACAUGACAUCAGGCUUAUGCUUUUGUAAACUGGGCUUUUAUUCGGCAAAUUGCUCGUUGCAAUGUCAAUCAAACUGUGCACGGAAUGAGUGUGUUCAAGAAACAGGACACUGUAAGUCUUGCAAUGAUGGAAAAUAUGGUGACUUUUGCGACUUGGAAUGUUUUGGUUCUUGCAGUGGAUCAUGUGAUAGAAGAAAUGGAAUAUGUGGGAUCUGUGGUAAACAUAGGUUUGAUACUUACUGUAAUCAGACAUGUCCAAAUAAUUGUGAAGAAGAUAUAUGUGAUAGAGUCACUGGUGAAUGUAAAAUUUGUUUAAAGAAUACAUUCGGUACUUACUGUAAUCAGACAUGUCCAAAAAAUUGUGAAGAAGGUUUAUGUGAUAGGGUCACUGGUAAAUGUGACAAUUGUUUAAAUAAUACAUUCGGUACUUACUGUGAUCAGACAUGUCCUGUUAACUGCGAAACCUGUGAUAGGAACGGUGAAAAAUGUACAAAAUGUAAAAAAGGAUACAUGGGAGAUGUAUGUUCUAAAACCUGUCCUGAUCAUUGUGGAGAUUGUAAUCAAGACGGAUACAUAUGUAAAACCUGUGAAAAUGGAUGGUUUGGUAUAAAAUGUGAAACAAAUUGCGGCCGUUGUGGGGGAAACGGUUCGUGUGACAUUACAACAGGUGAUUGUCAUUUGUGUUAUGUGGGGUAUUUUGGGAACUCGUGCAAAAAGAAAUGUAACGAAUUCUGUGACUCAAGUAAACCAUGUAACAAGAUUACUGGAAAAUGCCACGACUGUAAACCUGGUCAAUAUGGAGAAUAUUGUACAAAAUUUUGUAGCAGAACUUGUAGAAACUUGAAAUGUUUUAGCAAUCAAACAUGCGUGGAUGGGUGUGCAGAUGGUUUCUUUGGUAGUUACUGCGAUAGUCCAUGUAGUGCCGCUGUUCCAAGUUGUAACCAAUGUGAGCUCGUCAACAAUGUUCUGGUUUGUCAACGUUGUGCUGAUCCAUUUUAUUUAGAGGGAUCAACUUGUAUUGAAUGCCCUGACUACUGUUCAUCUUGUAGCUCAGGUCUAAAAUGUCUGGAAUGUAAAACUAAACGUUUCUAUGGCGAUUCUUGUAACAUAACAUGUAACAAACAUUGUCUGAAUAUGACUUGCGAUAUAACAGGGCAGUGUCAACAUGGAUGUGACGACAGCAAAUAUGGCAGUAGGUGUGACAAAGACUGUCCGAGCGGCUGCAGAACUUGUCACAAUUCAUCAGUUUGUUUGGAAUAUGAAGAUAGAUAUUUUGGAAAAUCAGGUACUAAGCAUUGUCCAGCAAUGAAUAAUGUUGAUAAGAAAAACCAAAAUGAAAAGAGAGACUCUACGUCUACGUUGAUAGCCGUUGUUGUUACAAGUCUUAUGAUAUUUGCAACAUCGACAGUGGUGUUUGUGAUAAUUGGACAAAUGAAGCAAAAAUGGAAAAAAAGAAGCAGGCCAAAAGAGCAACAUUCUGACGAACCUUUUAUAAAGAGAUCAGGUCACAUAUAUGAAAACGCUGGGUUAUCUGUUUAUAACAUCCGUGGAUCUCAGGCGCUUCUCAUAGAAAUAGAUCCAGAAGAAAACACAAAGGAGGCUGAAGAAACUGAUGAAAUUGAAAGUCCUACCUAUGUUAAUGUGAACAUGACACAUAUAUCCCUUAAAAUGCUAUGGAAAUACAAGCUGCAAAAUACAGCUAAUGAUGUCCUAGAUACAGAAUUUAAGAGUCUGCCUUCAGGACUUCUACUGAAAUCUGAGGAAGCUAAGAAAUCUGCAAACAAGAAAAAAAAUAGAUACAAAAGCGUUUAUCCGUAUGACACGAAUAGAGUGGUUCUUUCAACGGAUAGCGAAAUGCAUAGCAACAAGUAUAUCAAUGCUAGCUAUAUAAAUGGAGUAGAGGCCCCUAAAGAGUAUAUUGCAGCUCAAGGUCCAUUUACAGACGAAACAGUUGCAGAUAUUUGGAGAAUGGUAUGGCAUGAAAAUGUCAACACAAUUGUAAUACUUACAAAUUUGGAAGAAAAUGGUGUUAAAAAAUGUAAAAAGUACUGGCCAAGUACAGAAAACAUGUAUGGAGAUAUACAAGUGAAGACAGUAUCAUCGGUGUCUUCGUCCUGUUACAAAGUGCGUCUAUUCCAGCUUACCAUGGAAAAUGAAGUUCGGACCGUAGAGCAGUUUCACUUUACUGCAUGGCCAGAUAAAGGCGUGCCUAGCACUGUCAAAACUAUCUUAGAGUUUAGGAAAAAUGUAAGAAACAAGGCAGAUAUAAGAAGUCCUGUUGUUGUCCACUGCAGUGCUGGUAUUGGAAGAACAGGAACAUUCAUCGCUCUCGAUUAUCUAAUUAACCAAGGCCAGAAAGACGGCAAGGUGGAUGUAGUUAGUUGUGUGUCCAACUUGAGGUAUCAGAGAACGCAUCUCGUACAGACUGUGGAACAAUAUAUCUACCUGUAUAGUGCCGUAACAAAAGAACUCACUGGAAAAGAGAGUGGUCUAAAGGAAAACGAAUUCAUGAAAUAUUACAGUCAGAUGAAACGCAUCGACGAGUCCAAUGGGAAAACGUUCAUUGAAGAAGAAUUUAAUUUAAUUGAGAAGUUGGGACCUAUAUUUGAUGAGAAACGUUAUCAAACGGCAAAGGCUUUGAUCAACAGACAUAAAAAUAGACACAGUAACAUCUUAGCAGAUGACAGUUUUAGAAUACAUCUUAACAGACAGGACAGCGACUAUAUAAAUGCUAUUGCAUUACCAAGUGCUCAACAAAAAUUUGGUUACAUUAUAACUAACACGCCAUUCUCUGAAAUUGUUGAUGAUUUUUUUUCAAUGGUGGCUGACCACAACGUUUAUACUAUUGUACAAUUAGACAAUGAUGCUGAUGAGGUGUUUGGGACUCGCUGUCAGAGUAAAAAUGAAACGUUCCCUCAUAAUACGUUUGAACUAAAGCCGCGUGAAAAAAACACAUUUGGCUACAUUGAAGUGUUGACCUGCCACUUACAAGACGAUCACGCUUUAAUAUCAAGAAAUGUCGAGUUGUAUCAGGGACGCUUCUGGAAUGAAAACCAUGUUGUCCCUAAAGACUUUCAACCUAUGAUGUCUCUCGUAGAAGAAAUUCUAAACAAACGUAGAAUGGAAAAUGGAAAUCCGGUGGUUGUUGUGUGCAGGGAUGGAGCUCAAAGAAGUGGGUUAUUCUGUGUGUUGGCUAAUCUAGUGGAACAAAUACAACUCUCUGGUUCAGUGGACAUUCUACAAACAGUGCUGAAUGUUCGCCACCGGCGUCCACAGAUCGUUCCUUGUUUGGAACAGCUGGAAUAUAUUUACGACUUUAUAAAAAAAUAUCUCGAGUCUGGAAACAAAGUUUAGUCAUCAUAUUUUUCUUUUCUCUUAUCAUAUAGCUUAAUGAAUAAAACGUUAAUUACAAUUAUUGUUUUCCACAUCAAGAACCCUUUUAAAAGUUUCUUACGUUGUUGUCUUAUUUUAAGGCUUGAUACUUUUGUUUUAUUAUCAUAUUUAUCAUUAUAUUUAAUUUUUUGUUUAAUAUCAUGAUACUUUAUUUAGUUUGUCAUAUUUUUUCACGUGUACGUGUUUUUAGCUGAAAAUGUAAAAAAAAAAUGUAGUAUAUAUUUUUUAUAACCUACCAUAUUAUCUAUAUUUCUACUUAUUUGUAUAGUGGGUAUCGUUUUUCUACCAUUUCAGUAUUUACAUAUUAAAGAAAAUUACGAUUAUUUUACGUAGGAUUUAAGCUGGACAUUACUCCCUUCAAACCAUCUGAUAUUUCAAUAAAUUAAUAUAGUUAUAAUUUAAUAAUAAUAAUGAUAGUUUAUUUCCAAGUUUGGGCCCAGAGGGCAUUCAAGAUUACAGAUAUUAGAUAGAAAUGCCUAAAAGAGAUAUUCUACAUAUAGCUAUAUAACUUUAUCAAUAUUGAUGUCGUCUUCCUGACAACGUUAGGGAACCCACAUUCACACGCUUCCCAUGCUCUUGAGUGUACUCAGGACAUCUGACUUUGUUAAAAUGUAAUAUCGAUAACAAAAGAGUAAACUGAUAUUUUUACAUCUUGAUUAAUCUACGUCGACUGCAGCAAUUUGUGCAAAUUAUAGCAAAAUCAGCUUUAUUUUCAUAAAGACGGAUUACUCUGAUUUAGAUAAUUUUUGGUACAGUUCGGCCUGACUACAGUAUCUGCGACUAGAAAAACAAACAUCAAAAUUCAACAUACAUGUUGAUGCCUCGUAUGAGUACUCGUGGAUAUUUUACAUUUUUGUGUAUUAAUUUUUAGUUUGAAAUAAGUAAAAUUAACCGGUGGAUAUUAUGUGUCUAUUUUCAAUAAUUAUUAUUAUUAUAAUUAUUAUUAAUAUUUAUUUGAGUUUUUUAAGCAUUCAUAGAAACAGACAAGUUGUCUUUAAUUUUACUGUUCGCACCAAUUGGACCCAAUUUGAACCAAACGCUUAGAUCUAUAAAAAUUUCAAUCAUAGAUUGCGUUAUAUUUAUGAAACAUUAGCUGAUAAUUUUUCUAUUUUUUUUUAAAUUUGUUAUAAAAUAUUGUUGAUUUAAUUAAUAACAAUAUUUUAUAACAAAUAUCUCGAGUCUGGAAACAAAGUUUAGUCAUCAUAUUUUUUUUCUCAUAUAGCAUGAUAAAUAAAACUUUAAUUGCAAUUAAUGUCUUCCACAUCAAGAACACUUUUGAAAUGUUUCUUACGUUCAUGUCUUAUUUUAAGGCCUGAUACUUUUGUAUCAUAAUCAUUAUAUUGAAUUUUGUUUAAUAUCAUGUCACUUUUUUUGUUUGUCAUAUUUUUUAUAUACGUGUAUGCAGCUGAAAAUGUAAAAAAAAAAGUAGUAUCUAUUUAUCUUUUUUUUAUAACAUACCGUAUUAUCUAUAUUUUUUUAUACUUAUUUGUAUAGUGUGUAUCGUUUUUCUACCAUUUCAGUAUUUACAUAUUAAAGAAAAUUACGAUUAUUUUACGUAGGAUUUAAGCUGGACAAUACUCCUUUCAAAACCAUUCGAUAUUAAAAUAAAUUAAUAUAUUAAUAUUAUUUUAUCAAUAUUGAUGUCGUCUUCCUCACAACGUUAGGGAACCCACAUUCACACGCUUCCCAUGCUCUUGGGUGUACUCAGGACAUCUGACUUUGAUAAGAUGUAAUAUCGUUAAUAAAAGGGUAAACUGAUAUUUUUACAUCUUGAUUAAUCUAUGUCGACCGCAGCAACUUGUGCAAACUAUUGCAAAAUCAGCUUUAUUUUCAUAAAGACGGAUUACUCUAAUUUAGAUAAUUGUUGGUACAGUUUGGCCUGACUACAGUAUCUGCAACUAGAAAAACAAACAUCAAAAUUCAACAUACAUGUUGAUGCCUUUAUGAGUACUCGUGGAUAUUUUACAUUUUUGUAUAUUAAUUUUCAGUUUGAAAUAAGUAUAAUAAACCGGUGGAUAUUUUGUGUCUUUUUUAAUUAUUAUGAUUAUUAUUAAUAUUAAUUUGAUUUUAUUUUGAUAAGCAUUCAAAGAAACAGACAAGUUGUCUUCAACUUUACUGCUAGCACCAAUUGGACCCAAUUUGAACCAAACGCUUAGAUCUAUAAAAACUUCAAUCAUAAUUUGCAUUACAUUUAUGAAACAUUAGCUGAGAAUUUUUCAUUUUUUUUAAAUUUGUUAUAAAAUAUUGUUAUUUAUUAAAUCAACAAUAUAAUAUA